AUGGCCCCUGUUACCACUUAUUUCUUCGUUAUUUUGGGCGCUCUGGGAGCUGCAAGCAACGUUGGUGCUGUGCCCAUCGUUCCCGCGAAUUUCAACUUCCACAACCUCGGCAAGGGCAACGGCCUCGGUCUUGGUCUUGGGAAGGGUAACGGUCUCGGCAAAGGCAACUCGCUCUCCAAUGGAGUCUGCACCUCCGCCCGCAAUCAGAUCGUCUCGCGCAUCCGGCUAACCAACAGAGAAGUUGAGAAGCUUGGUUCAAGUGCCGUAGACGAUGCCACUCUUGCUGAGGCCGUCGCCAUCAUUCUCAACGGCUUGCAGGAAACCCAGACCGGUGUCUCUCAGAUUUCCGAGUCUUUCCUCCAGGGAGCGCUUCCUUCCCAGACCAGCCGUCAACUCAUCAUCGACGGAUUGACAGCGGCUCGGGAUGCCCUCAACGGAAUCUCCUCUGACGCUGCACAUGUUAAACGCCAACUCACCCGCGCUAAGCUCAAUCUCCGACAGACCAUCCAAGUCGGAAACCGCAUUCUCACCAAAUGCGGUAAAGCUGGCGAGGAGCCGCCUGCCGAAGAGGAACCGGCUGAGGAAGAGCCUGUUGAGCAAGAGGAACCCGUUGAAGAGGAAGUUCCGGAAGAGACUGGCACCAUUACCGAGACUAUCGCUGAAGAGACCGCAACCGCCACGGAGACUGUCGCUGAAGAGACUGCCACCGAAACCGCGACCGUCAGCGAGACCCUCACCGAAAGCGUCUCCGCCACCGAGACCGCGACCGAAACUGCUGUCGAAACCGAGACUGCCGCUUUGGAGACCUCGACCGAGGCAGAAGUCAGCAGCACCCUCAUCACCGAGUUGCCCGUCCCCACUCCCACUGAGACCGCCGUCGAGACUACCUCAGUCGUCACCGAGACCGAGUCCAGCAUCGCCAUUACCGAGACCGUCACCCCCACCAGCUCCGUCGAAGCUACCGAGACCAUCACUGAGACCGCUGAGCCCACCACCACUGCUGGCGCCGAGGCUACCGACACCUGCCCUCCCGCCGUGACUGUCACUGAGACUCCCCAAGCCGCCACUGCUACCGCCACUGUGACCCGCACUCUCGUUCUCACCAAGGUCGCCAAAGUGACUGUUACCCAGGCCGAGGUUGCUCCCACCGCUGUUAGAACCGUCACUGUCACCGAGUCCAUUCACGUUACUGCAAGCCACGAGACGGAGACUGCUGCUGCUACCGAGACCGCCACUGAGGCUCAUCCCACGGAGACUGCUGCUGCUGAGACCACCACCGCCACCGCCGACGCUCACCCCACGGAAACUGCUGCUGCUGAGACCACCACCGCCACCGCCGACGCUCACCCUACGGAGACUGCUGCUGUCGAGACCACCUCCGCUGCUGCUGCCCACCCCACGGUGACUGUGGCUGCCCACUUCCGACCUCACUACCGUCGUGCAGUUCCCAACCGCAUUUCCUUCAAUUGA